AUGCCUUGUUCUCCUAACGCUGAACCAAGCAACCCUAACAGAGAAGAUCCUGUUGCUGACUCUGUGAAUACCCCACAUGCAAGAAGACCUAAAGAAACUAUAUCAGGCUUCUCCUCAUCCAUCGUUCUUGAGGAACGAACCAAAGAAUGUUCCAGGUAUGUUCACAAUGCCAUUGCCACUAUAGUGACUGGAAUACUGUCUGGAAAUCAUGAGGUCCCUCGGGUUUCCAUUCCCUUAAACACUAUUGAACCUGAUAGUGUUGCUGAUCAAGAAAAUACUGAGUCUUUAGGAAAGAAUAUCUCUGAUGAUGUUGAGCAAACUGAUGCUCAUAAGGAGUCAAAUAUUGAAAAACCCUUAGAUAAUGUGGAUGGUGAGGAAGUUCAUGUCACUCAUGAUGUCAGUAACAACCCUAACUGUGAGGCUGAAACAGUUGACCUGGAGGAAUUUUCUGAUAAUGAGCUGUUGUGCUCUGUCCUCCCUAGCAUAGCCAAAAGGGUUAGGACUAGGAGAGAAAAGAAAACUGUGGCUCAAAGGUCCCCCAGAAAGAAGAUUGAUGUUCCAACCUCUUCAAAGACAACGGUGGCAGUCGAGAGUUCCCUCAAGAGGAAAGUUCAUGGUCCAACCAAAUCUUGGAGCAAAGUGGUGCCCAAGAAAAAGAAGACCAAGUUUGUUAUUGUUGAGUCUGACUCAGAUGUUCCUUGUAAUGCUGGUUUAAGGAAGACUGUGACUCGGUUUUCAAAGUGCUAUGAGAAGUUGGUAAAGGAAUUUAUUGUUAAUUUGUCUGAAGAAUGUGCUGAUGGCAAGUCUAUGGAAUUCAGGAAAGUGUAUGUGAGAGGCAAGUGUGUAAAUUUCUCUCCUUCAGUGAUCAACAAGUAUUUGGGAAGGCCUGAUGAAGCUCAACCUGAGCUUGAGGUAAGGAAGUGGCCUCUCAAAGGAAAAUUGGUGGCAAGUAAAAUGAGUGUCAAGUAUGCAAUGUUGCACAAGAUUGGAGCUGCUAACUGGGUGUCUACCAAUCAAAAAUCUACAGUUGCUGUAAUGCUUAGAAAGUUUAUAUAUGUUGUUGGAACCAAAGCCAAAUUUGACUAUGGCUCCUAUAUUUUUGAUCAAACUUUGAAGCAUGCAGGAAGCUUCAGUGUGAAGGGUCCUAUAGCCUUUCCUUCUCUCAUCUAUGGUAUUGUUUUGAAUAAGUUUCCAAACAUCUUAACUGAGAAUGAUUAUGUGAAGAAAAGAGACAGCCCUAUGUCUUUCAAUCAUAAGUUGUUCCUAGGUACCCAUGUCCCUGACAUUGUCAUGACAUCAGGUGAGACAUCACGUGUAAGCAAUCAGCCAGGUAAAGCUGUUGUCAUUGCAAUGCUCAAAGAAACCUGCAGGGAAUUAGAGGCAAGGAAGCUGAACUUGGAAAAAUUGAUUAGCUCUUUGGAGAUGACUGAAGGUGAUGUGCUAGCUGAUGGUGGAGAAUUUGGUGAAGUUGCUGUUGUUGCAGAAGAAGCUGAAAGACAAGGUGAAGAGGGAGAAGCAGAUGCCAGUCCUGAUGAUGGUACAUAUGAUGAUGCUGACUCUGAGUCAAAUUACUAG